AUGACUAUUAUUUCCGCCCCGACGAUGUACUACACGACGAUUCCACUUGUCUCUGAGAGACCUAACAUCAGGCGCUGGGAUGCCUCAAAUUGCGUGAUCGGAUGCGUCCAGACUCCUGAGGAGGUUGGGCUCAUCGUACAAAACUUGAGGGCUUAUGCUCGCUGGGGGUUCAGAGGGAGAUGCAGUAGGCUGCUUGGGAACACGCUGGCCCUUCACCUUUGGCGGUUUAGACUUGGGAGACUUUGGAGUUUGUGGAGAAGCGGCUGCCAGAGGAGUGGGAGCAGUGUGUGGUUCAGUGUUGUCUGCGUUUCGGAGCUCCCGCGUUUCCAGGAACACAACUUGGUGGCAUCCCAUCAUAGCAACUUUGGUGUCCAGCGCAGGAAUGGGAAUGUCGCUGUAAUGACAAUUCGCCUUCCUGGCUGUUGGUAUUGUCAAUAUAGUGGUAGCCGCAAUAACGAUGAAGCAUUUUUCAGGGGAUGCUGGGGACAAAGUAUAACAUCGAGCCAUUUUUCUUUUCAUCCUCCACAAACUGGAUACCCUCGUGAUACCGGGAAGACGUUCAACAUGGAGAGGGGGAUCUUUUGUCUGAGUCCUUUCAUAGGCGAACAUGUCCAUGACCUUCUCAUCGAUCUUCUGGCAAUUCAUAUGAUUCGAAGCAAGGAUUCCGCUACAAUCAUAUCGUAUCAUCCUGUGCUGCAUGAUUGCACUACUGCCGAGCGCUUGCAUCAGGUUAUGGCACGCGCAGGUGGAAGUGUUUACUGGAAUAAAAUAUUCAAGGCAUCUGAAGAUCCAACCUUUUUCUUUCUGGCAAUCUUGUGGUACGCGCUGUAUGUGUGGGAUGAGGCAUUUGAAGUGCUGUAUAACCGCAUCAAGAAUGUGGAGGUAAUCUUGAACGGCCACGACUUCACUGCUAUGUUUGACCUCAACUAUAUUCUUGUGAAGACCUCGAACGUAUGCGAUAAACUUUCUGCAAGCUUCUCUUUGUCUGUGUACCUAAUGUCUUCAAACGAUCAAGGGCGGAAGCUCUGCGGACUAAAAGACACUCCCAAAGCGUCAAUCUACUUGCCCUUAUCUCUGCUUCCUCCGCCCGGAUCCUGCGAGCGUGAUCCACGCUACCAUACAGCUAAAUCGGGCCCUGGGCCUUGGGCCUUCGCUAUUAUUGUCACUUAA